AUGCGGCCCCCCCGCGCCCCCCUGGUCCUGCUGCUCCUGCUGGCAGCCGAGAGGACGGCGCGUGGCACCUUCCCCGAGGAGCCCGGCCCCAUCACCGUGGCCCCCGAGGACUAUGUGAAGCACUACGCCGUGUUCGUGGGCCACGGGGCGAGCCGCCUGGCCGGCCCCGAGGGCGCUGGCACCGAGCGCCUCAACAUCCAGCGCAUCCUCAAGGUCAACCGGACCCUCUUCAUCGGGGACAGGGACAACGUUUACCGCGUGAGCCUGGAGCCUGGCACGGCCAGCGAGAUGCGCUACCACCGGAAGCUGACGUGGCAGUCGAACCAGCACGACAUCAGCAUCUGCCGGAUGAAGGGGAAACACGAGGCAGAGUGCCGAAACUUCAUCAAGGUGCUGCUGGUGCGGAACGAGAGCCUGCUCUUCGUGUGCGGCACCAACGCCUUCAACCCCGUCUGCGCCAACUACAGCAUGGACACGCUGGAGCCGGUUGGGGACAACAUCAGCGGCAUGGCGCGGUGUCCCUACGACCCCAAGCACGCCAACGUGGCGCUGUUCACAGGGGGGAUGCUCUUCACGGCCACGGUGACGGAUUUCCUGGCCAUCGAUGCCGUCAUCUACCGCAGCCUGGGGGACAGCCCGACCCUGCGCACCGUCAAGCACGACUCCAAGUGGUUCAAAGAGCCCUACUUUGUGCACGCCGUGGAGUGGAGGAGCCACGUCUACUUCUUCUUCCGCGAGAUCGCCAUGGAGUUCAACUACCUGGAGAAGGUGGUGGUGUCCCGAGUGGCUCGGGUGUGCAAGAACGACAUGGGGGGCUCGCAGCGGGUGCUGGAGAAGCAGUGGACGUCCUUCCUCAAGGCCCGGCUCAACUGCUCCGUGCCGGGCGACUCGCACUUCUACUUCAACGUCAUCCAGGCCGUGACCGACAUCCUGGAGCUGGACGGGCGCCCCGUGGUGCUCGCCGUCUUCUCCACGCCCACCAACAGCAUCCCUGGCUCGGCCGUGUGCGCCUUCGACAUGACCCAAGUGGCCGCCGUCUUCGAGGGACGCUUCCGGGAGCAGAAAUCCCCCGAGUCCAUCUGGACGCCGGUGCCCGAGGACAUGGUGCCGAAGCCGCGGCCCGGGUGCUGUGCGGCCCCGGGGAUGCGCUACAACUCCUCCAGCACCUUCCCCGACGAGAUCCUCACCUUCGUGAAGACGCACCCGCUGAUGGACGAGGCGGUGCCGUCCCUGGGCAACGCGCCCUGGAUCGUCCGCACCAUGAGCCGGUACCAGCUCCGCAAGAUCGUGGUGGACAACGCGGCAGGGCCGUGGGGCAACCACACCGUGGUCUUCCUGGGCUCCAGCACGGGCACCGUCCUCAAGUUCCUCAUCCAUCCCAACGCCACCCGCAGCCCCGCGCCCAGGCCCCCCGGCAGCCAGAGCGUCUUCCUGGAGGAGUUUGAGACCUACCAGCCGGGGAGGUGUGGCCGGGACACAGAGGACGAGCGGCGGCUGCUGGGCCUGGAGCUGGACAAGGCGGCAGGGUCCCUGCUGCUGGCCUUCCCCCCGUGCGUGGCCAGGGUGCCCGUGGCCCGCUGCCAGCAGCACUCAGGCUGCAUGAAGAACUGCCUUGGGAGUCGGGAUCCCUACUGUGGCUGGACACCCGAGGGCUCCUGCGUCUUCCUGGAGCCCAGCCCCAGGACAGCUUUCGAGCAGGACAUUGCCGGUGGCAGCACAUCGCACCUGGGCGAGUGCGAGGGGCUGGUGACCGAGAGCUUCGUGGACGAGCCGGACGGGCUGGUGUCGGUGAACCUGCUGGUGAUCUCCUCCGUGGCCGCCUUCGUCAUCGGCGCCGUCAUCUCGGGCUUCAGCGUCUGCUGGUUCAUCGGGCACCGGGACCGCAAGGAGCUGGCGCGGCGCAAGGACAAGGAGACCAUCCUGGCACACAGCGAGUCGGUGGUGAGCGUCAGCCGGCUGGGCGAGCGGCGAGCGCGCGCGGGGCAGCCCGGCGCCCUGCUGGCCCCGCUCAUGCCCAACGGCUGGCCCAAGGAGCUGGGCAAGGCGAGCCAACACGACCUGGACUCGGGCGUCCUGCCCACGCCGGAGCAGACCCCGCUGCAGCAGAAGCGCUGCCCCGGCACCCUCCAAAACUGCACCUGGGAGCAGAGCCACAACAUCAUCAACGCCGCGCUGCGGGACCCCGGCACCGCCGCCGCUGCCGCCGCCGCUGCCGGCCGGCUCCACGCCGGCCCCGGCCGCCCGGCCCGCGGCAUGCCCCUCUCCUGCCACGCCAUCCUGGUGGACCAGGAGCUGGAGGCCGAACUCAGCGACUCCUCGGGCGAUGGGCACUGGGGCCGGGACCCCCCCGAGGGUUCCCGUGCCCGGCAGCAUCCCCCCGCCGGCGCCCGCCGCCCGCCCCGCAGCUCCUACGGCGACUUCGCCGGCACGCCGCGCCCCAGCCCCGACCGCCGGCGCGUGGUUUCGGCGCCCAGCGGGGAUGGGGGGGACUUUGCCGAGGGGCCGCCCUGGCACCCCGAGCAGCUGAACUUCAACGCCAACAACGGCACGGGCCGCCCCGGCGCCCACCUCAAGAGGAACCACACAUUUAACAGCGGCGAAGCGCCGGUGGGUGGCUACGGGCGGCACGGCACGGCACCGCGGGCGCCCGGAGCGGGCCCCCCACGGGCGCUCACGGACCUGCACCACCUCCUGCGCUACGGCGUGGAGCGGACUCCCUCAGGCAAAUAG